AUGGACAUUUACGACAAAGUGAUGCGUCUUAACGUGAGAGGCACCGUCUUGGGGAUAAAGCACGCGGCUCGAGCCAUGAUCCCCGCUGGUUCGGGCUCCAUCCUUUGCCUAUCCAGCAUCAGCGGCUUGAUGGGCGGUUUGGGCCCACACGCAUACUCAAUCUCUAAGUUCACAAUCCCCGGUGUGGUCAAGACGGUCGCUGGUGAGCUGUGCAAGCACGGUUUAAGGAUUAACUGUAUUUCGCCUGCGGGCAUCCCGACGCCUCUAACGCUGAGAAUGUUUCGGGAGGUGUUUGCGGGUCACAACAUUCCGGAGGAACAGCUUUUGGCGAUUGUAAACGCGAGUGGAGAGUUGAAGGGAGAGAAGUGUGAGGAGAAAGAUGUGGCUAAAGCGGCUUUGUAUUUGGCAUCGGAUGAUGCUAAGUUCGUGACGGGUCAUAACCUUGUUGUCGAUGGUGGGUUUACUUGUUUCAAGUCUCUUAAUCUCCCUUUUCCUUAA